AUGUUUUGGAAGUGCCUACACUCUGCAUCCACCGCUGACCUUGUACUGCAAAGCCUAUGGCCUCAACUGGCGAAUCUGCGAGCGGACAUGCCGUGCGGGCACCGCCGAUAACUACCGUGGCUUUCACUAGCAGUUUUGUGUUUAUCUAUGACAUUCCGUGGACGGAAAAGAAGCGGCUUGCGGACCUACUGGAUAAGGAUGCCAAGUGGGUCAGUUUGGCCCUUCGACAAAUGGGCUACGAAACGCAACAAGUGGAGGACAUUAGACGAUGCUGUGUUCGUUCGGGUAAAUCACCCUCUGAGCAGCUGCUUACCAAGUGGGGUAACAUGAACCACACUAUUACGGAACUGUUUGUCGUGUUGGCCAGGGAAAAUCAGUUCACAGCAAUGGAAAUCAUCAAACGAUUCAUUGAUCCAAAAUAUCACGUUUUAAUCAAGAAAGGGAAUGAAAACAGCACUCAAAAGCAAAUCAACGGUCCACCGGAUCAGCAGACCACGCCAGCAGUGUAUACUACGGACAGAAACGCAGAAAGCGCUCAACAGAGCAAAGAGUUUGUUCAACAACCGGUGGUCACUCCCAAAGACAUUCCUCCACCGAUUAUUCCACAAGCAGCAGCAGCAGCAGCGAUUGUGCCACCAGUUACUGCCCCCGGUCGGUCCCCAUCGGGCAACUUAGCUGCCAUCGUCGGCGGCCUACCGCAGUUCAGCUACGAGGAACUUCGUGAAGCUACCAACAACUGGAGUCCGAGUAACGAACUCGGCAAAGGCGGAUUCGGCAUUGUGUACAAGGGAUACUUCAAGCACACGUUUGUGGCUAUCAAGAAGAUCAAGGGAAUCAACACGGAAUCUGCCCGAACAGAGCUGCGGCAAAGCUUCAACGAACUGAAAUAUUUGAACUCAUGCCGGCAUGAAAACGUCGUUGCAUUAUUUGGAUGUAGCUUCGAGUUUGGCGAACCGUGCGUUGUGUAUCAGUACAUGCCGGGAGGUUCCUUGGAUAAUCGCCUGUUUCCGAAAAGCAGCGGAAUCACCCCACUAUCGAUCGGGGAUCGAGUCAAAAUAGCGAAAGGAAUAGCUAGAGGCCUCCAGUACCUGCACACCUUCGCACAGAAACCGGUCAUCCACGGGGACAUCAAACCGGGCAACAUCCUGCUGGACAACGCAAACGAACCGAAGAUCGGGGACUUCGGGUUGACCCGCGAGCUGGCGGUGAGCGAUUCUAGCAUGAAAGUUUCUCGCGUUUACGGAACGCGGCCGUACAUUCCGCCGGAGUUCAUCAGCCAGCGACAGCUCAGCACUAAGGUGGACAGUUUUAGCUAUGGGUUGGUGCUGUACGAAAUCAUCACCGGACAGCGGGUGUACGACGACAAACGACCAGCGCCUAAGCACUUGAAGGAUAUUGUGCUGCAGGCGGCACAAUCCGGGCGGGAUAUUCGGCAGCUGCUGGAUCGGUUCCUUUCGGUGGACGAUGUGCAAACACUCAAAAGUUGCACCGUACUGCUUAAGGCUGGGUUUUCCUGCACUGCCGACGAUCCGGACAAACGCUUCGAAAUGGUGGUAGUGUAUAAGUACCUGGUGGAGCAUUUAAGUGAAUAAUGGAAGGUAUGACUCGCAAAGUGUAAUAUUCUAUGUCGUAAGUAAUAUUAUUAUGUUGCUCCAUUCGGUGUAUUUUUGGAAGUUAUGUUUUUAGAAUACUUUUAAUGGAAAACUUGAAACAUCAAAAAAGAUGUACAGCCCUAGUUUUUUUUAGUAAGUUUGGCA